GCAGUUCACACAAGAAGAGAAUGGAAGCUUUUGAAAUGUGUGAUUACAGAAGAAUGCUGGAGAUUAGGUGGAUAGAUCAAAUAACUGAUGAAGAGGCACAUUUUGUCUUAAAACACAAAAUGGGGGCGAUGGAAGAUGAUUGGCGUUUGAGACAGGCAGUAUACAAUGGAGAUAUCAAGACUCUGAGGGAAAUGAUUUCCAAUGGUGCUGAUCCAAGAAUUAAAGAUAAUGAAGGUACAUCCAUUUUAAUGGAUGGAGCACGCUGUGGACAUUUGGAAAUGGUUAAGUUCUUGGUAGAGGAGGUUUGCAUGUCACUGGAAGAAUGUGAUAAGAAUGGAAACACAACCCUCUUGAUUGCUUCAUUACCAACAUACUUAAAUCUUGAGGUUUUGCAGUACCUGCUCUCAUCUGGAGCUGAUCUCCAGGCUAGAAAUUUUAUGGGUGAGACGGCACUGCACCUUGCUUCUCGCUCUCAGUCCCUAGAAACUUUUAAAAUUCUGCAGCAGUCAGGUAUUCCAAUUGACUCUCAGGACCUCCAAGGAAAAACUGUUCUUCAUCAUGCUGCUGAACUUGGGGAUAAUCAAAUGGUGAAAUAUCUACUAGAUCAGAAAUGUCUCCCUGUUGACUGCAGAGACAAGUAUGGUCAGACUCCAUUAAUGUUAACAGCAGAGUUUCCAAGAAGUGAGCAAGAUCCUGUGAGACAUGGGGAAUGGAUUGACCAUACAGAUUAUGUCAGUAAGGCUCUCAAGCUUAUUGUAGGCGCUGGAGCAGACCCUACAGUAAAAGAUGUUGUUGGUAGAACAGCACUCCACAGAGCACUUGGAUGUAAGGAGAAUUUCCAGUACCUUCAGAAAAUACAUCCUAAUUUCAAGGAUGGUCUUGAUAAAAACGGACAAUCAGCCAUAAUGAGAGCCAUUUCUGCAUUUCAAUACCACUAUGAUAUGCCCUAUGUGAUAAAACUUCUAGUGCAGGGAGGUGCAGAUGUCAAUUUAUGUGACCGAGAUGGAAAGACAGCUUUGUGCCUGGCUAUAGAGAAAGAUACUUUCUGGGCAUUGAGGGAACUAAUAGAAGGUGGAGUCACUUUAUCAUCUUGCAGAAAGGAUGAGCUUACAGACAUUCUCCACAUGGCUGUGUGGCGCCAUCAAGAUGAGUUAGUCACAAGAUUGAUUGCUGCAGGAGCAAAUGUCAAUAGCAAAGAAAGAGGGGAAGCUGAGAAGUCAACAUUACAUGGGCACACAGCUCGAUGUUUGGAAAUCAAUGAAUUGUCAUAUAGAGGAGAAGGCUGGAUUGAUGCAGCAUUUUCUGGCAAUUCCCCACUGUUCAAAUCUCUUGAGUCAGAGAAGAUAGUCACUCAUUUGAUUGCUGCUGGUGCAGAUGUGAAUUUCAAGGAUGACAACGGCUGUACACCACUGCUUGCAGCUGUUCAUAAGGAGCAUUUGAAGUCACUGGACCUUUUGCUGAAGGCUGGUGCUGAUCGAAAUGCAGUGGAUAACUGUGGUGUGACAGCUCUCCACUUGGCCGCCAGCUGUCGAAAGGUACCACCUCAAGUCAUAGCAUUUGCUAAAGAACAGAUUGAACAAGGUAUGAGACUAGACAUCAUGGAUCAUCAGGGCAGGACACCUUUUCAUUAUGCUGCACUGACUGGAAAUCGCGGAGUUAUGAAACUCCUCAUCAGUUUGGGAGCCAAUGUAAAUGCUGUAGAUGUCUCUGGUAAGACUCCCAUUGCCAUGCCAGCCAUACAUUCACUUAAGGUGAAACAGUUACUGAUUAAUGCUGGAGCUGACUUAACAGUAAGAGAUAAACAUGGCAAGACAGCCUUACAUACAUCAUUUGAGAUUGAUAAUAUUGAAAUCACUAAGUUUCUCAUGAAGAAGCAUAAACAAGAGAUUGGUUGUGAUAAUAACGGUAAUAAUAUCCUGCAUUGUGCAGUCAGAGCUCGAAGAAAUGCACUUGACAAAGUGAAGUAUAUACUGAAUAAAAAACUUACUACAAUUGAAGAAAAGAAUGAAAACGGAGAGACAGCUCUAAUGUGUGCUGUACAGUUGCGUCCAUUUCACACAGAAAAACAGACUCUUGUUCAAAUACUAUUGACAUCAGGUGCUAGCCCCAAUGCUAAAGACUCGCAAGGGAAGACUCCUCUCCAUAUUGCAGCUGCAGAGGGAGAUGCAAAGACAGUGGAUGCUCUGAUUGCUGCUGGAGCAGAUGUAACAGAGAGGGAUUUAAAUGGUCGGAUGCCUCUGCACUGGGCAGCUCAGUCCCACCGUGCUGAGGCCAUGAAAUUACUGCUGAAUGAGAGAAAUGAGCAACAUGAAAUGGGGAUCAAUCAACAGGACAAUGGUGGGCAGACCCCAUUGAUGCUUGCUGUCAAAGAAAAACAGUCUGUAAAGUUAUUGCUAAAAGAAGGUGCCAAUGUUAAUAUGCAGGAUCAUGCUGGAAGUACAGCGCUCGAAGCAGCAAUUGAGUGCAAAAAUUUUGAUGCAAUGAAGCUACUGCUGGUUGCAGGAGCAGAUUUCUUACCUGCUCAGAGGGAGUAUCAUGUUAGAGCAAUCCAUUUGGCUGUUGCAGCAGGGGAUACUAAGAUACUGGAGCACCUGAUUUCAAUGGGAAUGGACCUUUUAGACUGCUGGUGGGACCCUGAACACAAGACAACUCUGCUACAUGUUGCAGCUGAAACCAGUGUGGAAAUGUUGAAGCAGGUAUUGAAUGUGGGAAAAAGUGUAGACACCUUUGAUAAUGAAGGGUACUCUGCCUUUCAUCGUGCAGUUCUGUCUGGAAAUUGUGCGAUCAUCAAAUAUUUUUUAGAAGAGAUACAAACUCCUGUGGAUGAAAGAGAUGCAAAGGGGAGGACAUCCCUCAUUCUAGUGGCUGCAAGUGACAAUUGGCACCUAAUGAACUCAGCAGUUCCAGACAUUUUGCUUCAUGCAGGUGCUGAUGCUAGUGCACAAGACAAUGAAAAUAUAACUGCUUAUGAUCUGGCACUUCAGAGCAGGAAUCAAAAAUAUGCAGAUCUUUUAGAAAUGGCACAACAUCUUUGUUAAUUUCACUGAACAGUGUAAAGCUGGUGGUGCAUAAUUGCAUCUACGUAAUGUUUAUGUGACUUCUUAACAAGUGGCUAAUGGCUUCAUAUUGACAGGGUACUUAGAGACUUGUUACACAGUACAAAGCGCACAUUUCAAGUUUACAAGAUAUCAAAAAUGAAGUCUUCAGUCUAAUAUAAUUGAUUUCUAUUGUCUAUAAAUGAUAAAAAAUUAGUAGUAUGGGAGCCAAAACAAACCAUUUUCUCCAGAUGCACCUUUGUUCAUUGGACACUACCAGUAAUACAAAUGAAGCCAAGAUUUUUCUUUUCUAUUAAAACUAAUCCAAUGGAUUAAAAUCAUCCAAAAUCAUAAAUUUGGUAUUUGCACCAUGCCCUUGUACUGCUGGCCGGGGUGGCCGAGCGGUUCUAGGUGCUACAGUCUGGAACCGUGCAACUGCUACAGUCGCAGGUUCGAAUCCUGCCUCGGGCAUGGAUGUGUGUGAUGUCCUUAGAUUAGUUAGGUUUAAGUAGUUCUAAGUUCUAGGGGACUGGUGACCUCAGAAGUUAAGUCCCAUAGUGCUCAGAGCCAUUUUGAACCCUUGUACCCAGAGAAUUAACUUAUUAUCAGAUCUAUGCUUGAUUCCUCUGUGUGUGAUUAAAAUAUUUCAUUAAGUCAUAACGUUUUAUAAACAAACUCAUCUUAUGGAGGCACUCCUUCCAAAUUCAUAAAAGUCUGAGUAGUCUACAUCUACGUCUCUGUGAGUACUCUGCCAAUCACAAUAAAGUGCCUGCUAGAGGGUUCAAUAAACUACCUUCAAGCUGUCUCUCUACUUUUACAGUUUUGAACGGCACACAGGAAAAAUGAGCACUUAAAUUUUUUUGUGCAAGCCCUGAUUUCUCUUAUUUUAUUGUGAUAAACAUUUCUCCUUAUGUAGGUGGGUGCCAACAGAAUGUUUUCACAAUUGGAGAAGAAAACUGGUGAUUGAAAUUUCAUGAGAAGAUCCCGUUGCAAAGAAAAACACCUAUGUUUUAAUGAUUUUCACUCCAAUUCACAUAUCAUGUCUGUGGCACUAUCUCCCCUACUUCACGAAAAUACAAAACGAGCUGCCCUUCUUCAUACUUUUUCAAUGUCACCCAUCAGUCCCAUCUGAUGCAGACCCCACACUGCACAGCAAUACUCCAGAAUAUGGUGGACAAGUAUGGUGUAAGCAGUCUCUUCAGUAGACCUGUUGCACCUUCUAAGUGUUUUGCCAAUGAAUCGCAGUCUUUGGUUGGCUCUACGCACAACAUUACCUACGUGAUCGUUCCAAUUUAGGGUGGUUGUAAUUGUAAUCCCUAAGUAUUUAGUUGAAUUUACAGCAUUUAGAUUUGUGUGCCUUACCGCGUAAUCGAAAUUUUGCGGAUUUCUUUUAGUGCUCAUGUGAAUAACUUCACAUUUUUCUUUAUUCAGUGUCAAUUGCCGCUUUUUGCACCAUACAGAUAGUUAGUUAGUUAGUUGGUUGUGUUCCAUUGAUCAGUCUCACAGUACGGUAGAAGUUAUGAUGUGGAACAUGUCAAGUGCACAAGAAAUGCACAUAUGAAACAAAUUUUUUUAAUAUAUAUGUAUAUAUUACAAUACAGAGUUAAAGAUUAA